UGUUAAUUAUUUUUGUUUUUAAUUGUUUUCCAUAAUAAACCAGCUGGCCACCCACGUAUCAUUAUUAUUACUAUUUAUUAGCACUACUUUUGUUAUUUUCUCAUAUUAGAGACUAGAGAGCGUCAGAGAAAAUGGCGGAGAGGAUAGUAACUCAUGGCAAUGUCUACGAUCAUUUUGAAGAAUAUGACGAAGUCCAUUCUCUCAUUGAUGCCCUCCCCUCGAUACUCAAGGAUUUUAGAGCAUUAGAAUUAGCACUGGAAAGAAUGACCAAUAUUGUUGAUAAGUAUCAGGAGCAGCCUCACUUGCUUGAUCCACACUUGGAACGUAUCAUCAAUAAAUUGUUUGGUAUCGUCAAACGAAGAGAUGCUCCUUCCAGUUUGAUGCAUCAGGCCUUCAAGUAUCUCUACUUGUUUUCAAAAUUGAGGGGUCCUAAGAUUAUCGUAAGAUGGUUCACCCACGAGGUAUCGGACCUUGAUCUUGUCCUGGCUUUACUACAGAAACAAGACAGGGACGAUUAUCUGACGUGGGAAACACGUUACAUGUUAUUGCUUUGGCUGUCAAUCAUUGUUUUGAUUCCGUUUGAUUUGAGUCGUAUGGAUCCCACGCCUACUAGACAUGCCCGCUCUACUGUGGACAGGAUUAUGGCCAUUGGUCAAGUUUAUUUGAGUUCUUCUGAUAAAUCACAAGAUGCAGCUGCUCAUGUUUGUGCAAAGUUUUUAUCACGUCCUGAUGUUCAGAAACUCAAACUGAAAGAGUUUCUUGAUUGGGGGCAGCUGGUUUUUAGAGUAGAAGACAACAAUUACCAAAAGUGUGGAUUCUUAAAGACACUGGCUACCUUGUUUAAAAUCGCUAAAAGAGAGGACGUUCUUUCAAUAGCUCCAUUAGUGCUAGAGUUAGUGACAGGAUAUUCUUUACCUGAUCAUAAUAAUACACUCCUGAGGAAACUUCACAUGAAAUUGAUACAACGUCUUGGAACUACCUUCCUCCCAUCCAAAGUGUUGUCAUGGCGAUACCAGAGGGGAAGCCGAUCUCUUGAAGAGACACUGUCAACAGUUUCCAUGGAAGCGGUUGCUAAAGAUGACGGAACUAAAGAGGAGGAGGAGGAGGAGGAGGAAGAGGAUGAGUUUGAUAUUCCAGAGGAAGUUGAGAAUAUACUAGGAGAGCUACUGACUGGUCUUAAAGACAAGGAUACCGUUGUGAGGUGGUCAGCUGCGAAAGGAAUCGGUAGACUAACUGGUAGGUUACCUAAAGAACUGGCCAACGAAGUAUUGGAUUCAUUGCUAGAAUGUUUCAGCACAAUUGAGACUGACAGUACCUGGCAUGGAGGGUGUCUUGCUCUGGCGGAACUAGGUAGGCGUGGCCUACUCCUCCCAGAAAGACUUGAUGUUGUUGUUCCAGUUAUAUUGAGAGCUCUACUUUAUGACGAAAGAAGAGGUUCUUGCAGUGUUGGAUCUCAUGUCCGUGACGCUGCCUGUUAUGUGUCAUGGUCUCUUGCUAGAGCCUACAAUCCAGAACAAUUGAAACCUUAUGUCUCAGACAUUGCCUCUGGCCUGGUCCUCGUCAUGAUAUUUGACAGAGAAGUGAACUGCAGGAGAGCUGCUUCAGCCGCCUUUCAAGAGAACGUGGGUAGACAAGGAAUUUUUCCCCAUGGCAUUGAUAUACUAACAAUGGCGGAUUAUUUUGCUGUUGGUAGCAUCUCCCACGUCUACCUGGAUCUGAGUCUUAAGAUAGGAUCCUUCACUGAGUACACCCAGUGCCUUAUCAAUCACUUACUAGAGGUGAAGCUUCCCCAUUGGGACCAUACGAUACGUGAAUUAGCAGCUGCUUCCCUAUCAGUUCUAACUCCUCUCAACCCCUCCUACAUGAUGGAUGAAAGUAUUACGCUAGUCUCUCUCUCUCUCUCUUUCUAUUCAUUGUCUCUUUCAGUUCUUCCUCAAGUUCUAUCUAACGUCACUUCUUCUGAUACCAGCCUUCGUCAUGGGUCACUGCAUGCAGUGGCCGAAGUUCUUUACGGACUCUAUAAAGUAGCAGCUGAGAGCAACCAAUCUAUUGAAGAAUUUUUAGGAGCUGAACUGACAGAGUCUGUUAGAGGCGUGGCCAGUAGGGCUAUAUCAAGGAAAGUAUUCAAAGGAUCCACUGGAGAUAUAAUGAGGGUAGCUGUGUUGAAGUAUAUUGAGAGAUGCUGUCUUUCUAAUUUAAAAAUAAGUGACGCUAUAUUGGAGGUGUGGCAGUCAAUAAUUAACGAUAACCUCCCACACACUGUGGAGUCAAUCAGGGAAGAAGCAGUAAAGACUUUUGGUGUCAUUUGUGAAUGCAAAUACUCAAAGGAUCAAACAAGAAUUCGUGUAGUGCAAAGUCAUUUAAUGCCGCAGUAUAUUUUUGAACUUGAUAAUAAACUCCAUUUUGCAAGAAUGGGUUUUUCACUUGCACUGGGAGCUAUGCCUAAAGAAAUAUUGGAAGGAAAACUACUGACAGUCUUGAAAUCACUGACGAGAAGUGCGUCAGAUAUUGACGGAGUUCCAGCAAUUUACUGUGAAUCAAGACGAGACGUCAUUAGGGCCAUUAGCAAUAUUUGCAAUAAAGUUGAUAUAUCAGCUGACGGUCCACCCACGCACUUUCUAAACAGAUCAUUGAUUGAGCUGGUAUUUUCAACAUUGUUCAAAACAAUCGGUGAUUAUUCAACUGAUAGAAGAGGAGACAUUGCGGCAAUUGUAAGAGAAGCCACAAUGUCUGCCCUGGAGAGUCUCUGUAUCAGACUAACUGAUACUAACCCAUCACUACUCAAGCCUCAUUAUGUUUCUGAGACGAUUGGUCACCUCCUGCAGCAAGGGAAUGAGAAGAUUGACAGAACAAGAUCAAUUGCCUGCAAUAAACUAAUAUCACUUUUGCAACACCAUCCACCAGUACCUAACAUUCCUCAUAAUGAUGAAUUACACCUAUUAUUCCUGAGUGAGGUUAUUAAGGAUAUCAAUUGGUCUGUGGCUCAAUCCUCAUUCCCCUUUACUGUUCAAGCUCUCGGCCUCAACACCUAUUCCUAUAGGGUUCUGUUAGGAUUAGUAAUUAGUGUGGGCGGGCUUACAGAGUCCCUGGUCAAGUCCUCCAGUGCUAGUCUACUCCACUAUCUCAGUGACAAAAGCAAAGAUGAGCUUGAGCCUUUUGCUGUUUUAAUUUUAAAGAUUUUUGAUGAACACUCAAGGAAUCCAAGAGUUAUUUUGCCUCUUUUAAAGACACUAGACUUACUCUUAACCAAUGCUUCCUUUCACUUGUUUAUGUCUGAUACUGGAGAGGACUCUUUCCCAGCUUUGCUGCUUGAUAGAGUCAAAUUAGAAGUUAAAGGUUCCCGUGAUCCUAUCAUAAUCCUUAACAGUAUUUGUGUGUUUACUGGACUGCUACAGUUUGAAGUUGCAAAUAAAUCAUCUUUCUCACAACUGAUGCUCCUACUGGGUCAUUCGUUUCCUAAAGUUAGACGUAUUACUGCUGAGCGGCUAUACAAAGCAUUGUUGAUGUGUGGGGAUAGUGACCUACUACCUGAAGAUGAAAGAGGAAAUGAAAUAUUUGAGAUAUUAAAUGAAACUCAAUGGGAUGGGCCAUUACCUGAUGCUAGGGAGAAAAGAAACAGACUUUGUGUUCUUCUUGACUUACCAGCUCUGAAAACUAAGGAAGGAGGCAGCAAAACUAAAACUACUAAUUCAGAAAGUUUGGGAUAUAAAGAUCUUGUUGAUAGGAUGGGCUAUUAGGAACUACUCGGUGUUGUUUAUGUGUAUAUGUGUAGCAUUUUAACAAAUUGUUGGUAAUAUCAUUAGUUUAGCAUUUUAUCAGUUUUGAUAUUCAAUUAUAGUAAUUAUUGUUAGCA